AGAAAAGAUGGAGAUGCUGUCCCUCCCGCUGGCUAAUGAGCGCCGGCCCUGCGUGCUGGUUGGUCGGGACAACAUGGCCCUCCCUGCUAGCCUGAUUAGUCAAAUCGGGUACCGCUGCCACCCGUCGCUCUACACCGAGGGAGACCCGGGAGAGAAGGUGGAGCUGGUGGCAGGUUCAGGUGUGUUCAUGACACGGGGUCAACUGAUGAACUGUCACCUCUGUGCCGGGGUCAAACACAAGGUGCUGCUCAGGAGACUGCUGGCUACGUUCUUUGACAGAAACACUCUGGCCAAUAGCUGUGGGACAGGAAUCCGCUCCUCCACCAAUGAUCCGAGCCGAAAGCCGCUGGACAACCGAGUGUUAAACACCGUGAAACAGUGUAAUUCAGCUGCAGUCUACUCAGCAGUGAGAGGAGCAGGAGACGUCAGUUAUGGACAAAUAGUCAUCAGACCACAAAGGACGAGAGGUGCAGAUGCUCUUUGGACAGAGACGGGCUACCUGUUUCCCCCUGCUUCCAGUCGUUAUGCUAAGCUAAGCUAACCACGACUUGACUACAGAGUGUUUCUAAAACAUUGAACAAUUGAACUAUUCCUUUCAAAGAGAUGCGGGUAAUAAGAAGUUCAGACGGACUAAACGUGAGGACCUCUAAACCAGUCAGGUGAAGGCUCAGGAGGGCCGCUUACAUUUCUAUUAGCAAGUUGACAUUUUUUGUAUAAAUCAGCAAAUUCACUUUACGGAGUAGUUUUCCCAAAAUGGUUAUGAAUCAUGGCAUGUUGAUCUCCACAGACAAUACACUGACAUUAGUGCGGAAAUAAAUUCACAACACGUUA